UUAAAAAAUGGAAAAGGGAGAUAGGGCAGCUUUUUUCAGUGCUGCAGAGCAGCAAGUUAUAAUUCAGCGGUUUGAGGACCUAAAACAUAUUUUCAAUCACAAAAAUAAUACAACUGCUGCUGGUAAAGCGAGACAGGCAGCAUGGCAGAAAAUUGCCGAUUCAGUCAACGCGGUUAAUCCAUCUGGAGUAAAACGAAGUUGGCUGCAGGUCAAGGUGAAAUACAAGAACAUGGUACAAACAGCCAAAAAAGCAGAUAGGCGGAAGACCAAGGAAGGCCCACUGCAUCCUGUCUUUUCUGCUGCAGAGGACCUGAUGGCUGAAACCCAUAAAUUCUGUUCCACUGUAGACACUAUCACAGAGGAAACCUCUUCCACAGAACUCGAGUCAACACUCUCCUGCUCAAACUUUGUGAGAGUGCUAGCAAACCACAUGACAUCAGAGGAGAUCACAGCAGAAUCUGGGUCCGAAGUAUCAUUGAAAAAUGUACCAGUCGUAUACAUUGACAAUGCUGAAGAAAUCACAUCAGAUUCGUCUAUACAUGAGGGUCCAGGCACAAACGAGACCUCACCUGAGGCCACACCAUCCACUUCCAAAACAUGGGACAGAGAGGGGGACAAAAAAAGAAAGCCCUCAAUUGUCAAAGUGAAGGACUUGUAUAUGAAAUACUUGCAACAGGAGAUUGACUACAGGAGAUUAAAGAUGCAAAAGAUGUCCUUGGAGAUGAAAUUACUUGAGAAACAAUUAAAUGUAAGUUCCACACCUUAAUGUUUACUAGAUGUCAUGUCACACAAGCAGCAUCAUGUUAGUAGAAUUGUAGGACAGUUAAAUAAACAAUCAACUUAGAAACUAUCAGGAAGGCUGUUCAGAAUGUAAAUUAACCUAAAACCAUCCACAUCACUUCAACAACCAGUUGUCAUAUUUCUAAUUUAACCAAUUUUGGAUUUAUUCAUGAAAUUUCUAUCAACCUUAGCUCAUGUUUACAUGUUUCUCUUUUCUUUGCAGUCAUGAACAGAAAUGAAUCAUGCUUAUGUACAGUUAUUGCAAUCUUUCAGUUUUACUUAUUGAAUAAAUGUCCCC